CGUUGAUAGCGCUCGCAACGAACCGAAGGAACCGCCGAAUCGAAUCCCCUGGCUAUAACUAACCCAAUAAAUUAAAUCCGAACGCGAGUGACUCAAUCUAAUAGUUCCACUUUCGAGCAGAGUUCAAAAUGCAAAACACGCGACACAAGCAGGGGAAAUAAGCCAAAAUACGAGAAAAACUAAACGACAGAGAUUAUAAAACGCCCACGUAAAACACACCAAGCUACAAGCACUCAAUCCUCGAAAGUUAGUCAAAAGAAAAAAAAGUAGAGAAGAGCAGAUAGUAAGAAAAGCAACCAUGGAACGCCGCCAAGCCCUAGACUCAUCGAUGUCUUCGCUCUACUCGGUCGCCUCCUCCUCGAAUCCCAAUCCCCGCCAGCCGCACACCGGCCACCAACUUCAGACGCAGCAGUCCCAGCAAUCUCAGCAGUCCCAGCUAGACGCCUUCAAUUAUUCAGCAACAAUGUCAUCAUCGUCGCCGACUCCAAGUCAGGCCAUGUCCACAGCCAUGUCCACGGGCACGGGCACCACCCACACCACACCGCCAUCCUCCUCCUCCCUGAGAGCCACCACCAUUGGCACCGUUGUCGUCCGAUGCGGACCCAUCCAGCUGGUGAUAGCGCUCCUACAAAGUCCGGAAAAGAUCUACAUCAAAGUGGUGGAAUUGGAGCCAAAGAUCACAGCGCUUGGGGAGAAUCUGGACGAAUCUCUGCGCAUGCAAAGGGAGCAUGAUGAAACUCUUCGCAACCUACAGAGUCUGCCAGGACCAAUGGAUGAGUUCGUCCAGAAGGCGGACAAACUGUUGGCUAGCAAGCGCAUCAGUUCGGAACUGGUCAAUGCCAUGGCCGAUACGCUCAACAUCAUUUGGCAGGACAUACUGAAUCUUCUGCAGGAUCGUCAGCACCUUCUGAUACUGUGCACACAGUUCCACGAUAAGAUGACGCAGUGCUUCAGGAAGAUGGACCAACUGGAACUGGCCUGCGAGGAGACACUCCAUCCACCGGAUGUGCCGCGUGUCCAGGAAUUCCUGAACAGAUUCAAGCAGCUGAGGAUAGACAUGCUCACCGGUGUGAUGGCAGCCCUGAAAGAUGGCAAUGAGCUGCUGGCGCAACUGGAGGAGUUGGAAAAGCUGGAGACUCUCGAUACAAGACCGGAGCACAUUAAACGAGACGCAACGAGGGCAGUUCACCAAGUUCAGCAGUGGCUAGAGGCUCUGCACGACCGGAGAAACGCCCUAGAACUCGCCUGGCAGACGAGGAAAAUCCAAAUGGAGCAGUGUCUCGCAUUGGCAUUGUUGGGUAGGGAAUUAGUCGACCUGGAGGCAGCUCUCCAGCAAGCCAGAAUGGAGCUGAAUACCAUGUACAGCCUGGGCGAGUGCGAGCACACGGCCAAUGAAAUGCUCACCAAAUACAGGGAGUGGAAACAGCAGGCCCUACUCCUCCGGGAUCGUGCUCUUAAGAUCACGCGAGCCAAGGAGAAGGUCCAGUCCGCUGGUCACUUCACCGAAGAAGACGCAUGUGCUAGGGCUUAUGCGGUCUUAAGUGGCUGCACAGAGCACUUGGAUCUGGUGGAUCAGCGAGAACACUGGCUGCAUCAAUCCCGAGAGUUUUUCGCCAAGGCUGAGCACACUGUGAGUGUUCUGGAGAAACUAGAACUGGAGCUGACCAGCGUGAAACUGCCUCCUCAUUCGCCGGAGAGCUAUGCCAUGUACUCCAAAGUGGAUCGCGAUGUUCGCAACUUUACCGAGGAACCUUUGCGCUUGGGUUAUGGCAUUCUCGACGAAGUGGGACGCACUCAGCCGGAGACUCAAGGUGUGAAGAGAGUCCUUGACGAGUUGGAGAACAGGAAGAUUUACAUCCAGGGAAUCUGUGCCAACAGCAGCGAGGAUCAGCAGAAGGUUCAGCGAGCAUUGAGCGAAUUCCUGAGCCACCACAAUGAGCUUUUGGCCUGGCUGAGAGCCUCCGGCCAACUCCAAUUGCAGCAAAGCGUGGAUAUGGGCUCAAAUCUCCAACAGGCCAAGCAGUUCCUUCUCCAGCACCAUGAACUCAUGCAGGAUCUCGAGAUAAAAGGCGAACUGAUCAACCUGCUGCUCGAAUCCAUCAAGGUCCAUCUGGAAUCCUUGAGUCCGCAAGAGCGCUACGAUGUGGACUCCAAGGCGGAAUCCCUGCACAAGCAUUGGAUCGAACUUAAGGACCUGGUUCUUAAGCGCGUGGACUACGUGUCCUUGCUGAUAGACUUCUUUGAGCUGGCCAACGAGCUCUCCAGCCAGCUGGACAACUUGCAGCGCCAACUGCAGCAAACUCCAGACGAGCACAAGCUGCAAUUCCUCCAGGCCACUUGGACGGGCAUCGCAUCCACCUUCGGAGAGAUGAAGUCCCGCGGACAGCGAUUCAUCAACCUAAAAAUUGUGGAUCCAUAUCUCGAGACCAAAUCCUCGGCACAGGCGGUGCAAGAGACGCUGAACGACUUCAGUAAGCGGCAGGUCGACGUGACGAGCAGUUUGGAGAAUUGGACAACGAACAUUGCGGAGAAGCGAGAAGUCGAAUAUCUACUCGAUAAAGUCAUGAGCGACAACGAGGAGACCGUGGCCAAGAGCACCCAGGUGGACACGCAGUUGUACCCCGUAUUCACUUCCCAGAGCGUGGACUCCAAGCAGCUGUUGAUCAGCACCCGCGAGAAGCUGACUAACGUGACCCAGGACAUCGAACGGGCCCAGGAUGAGAUACAGCAGCGCAUCCAGACGACGCUGGGCAUUCAGACCAAGGAUCAGCCAUCGCUGGCCAAGAUCGAGCAGGUGAUCAACAACCUGCGCAUGCUGAAGGCCAAGUUGGACGGCAUCAAGUACGAUUAUCGCACUUUGGUGGAGAGUGUGGUUCAGUUUCUGGAGAACAUAGUGCAGCUGCGUCGCGAAAUCGACGACUACUUCGCCAGGCAGCAGAAAGAACCCGCAUCCGGCGCUGAUCGCAGCAUUGCGGAGCACGAGAAAUUCCGCGAUCAGUGCAUGGAUAAAUUUAGAUCGCUAAUCACACAAUCCGAGCUGCUGAUCGAUCGAGUGCGCGUACUGGAACCGCCGGGUGCCCGGGAAAUCGACACCGACCGCAUACUGAAGCUGCUCGAGAACCUGCGCCUUCACUUCGAGUCCAACAGCAGUGCACGCAUGUCCACCCUAGAGCGUCUGGAGAAGAUCGAGCAGUUCCGCUCCGAUCUCGAGGACAUCGAUCGAAGCCUGGACAGCGUUAGCCAGCAGCUGCACGAGAUCAACAACCAGAGCGUCGACAGUCUGGCGGCGGCCAAAACCACGUCGCUGGCGUUUGAGUAUUUUGAACGGACCAUAGAGUGUUCAAUGCCCAGGCAAUUGAAAUCAACGCGCCAUCAGCGACGCUGGGGCCAAACAGCCCACACGAUUGAGCUGCUCGAGAAGCGGAUCGAGAAGUUUACGGAGUCCACGAGCCAACAGCUUUUUAUUACCAAUCCCGAGAGCGAGCGGUACGUCAAGGACGAACUGCGCAAACUCAACGACAAAUGGCAGAGCUUCAAGGAUCAAGUGAAGCAGAAACGAAAGAGCCUCAACCAGGCGACCGACUUCUUCGAAGUGGUCGAGAAGAUCGACGCGGAGUACCGUGAGAUUAGCUACUUUUACACCAGCGUGUCCAACAAGGUUCCAUAUCUGCGCGAUUCCGUGGAAGCGGGAAAUUUGGUCAAUGAUAUCGAAAACUAUGUGACCAGCCGGGAGGCUGCUCUGCGCUCCAAGUUGGAUAGUGCCUCGCAAUGUGCCCACGAUAUGAACAAGGUGUCGUCGCUGUACAACGAUGUAAUGAACAUCUUCCAGUCCUUCAUCAAGCUUAAGAUGGACAUUAAUGUGGUGCAAGAGAGGCUGAAGCACGAGCAGCGCCAAAAGGAGCAAAGGGAACGGGAUGCUCGCGACCAAGCCGAACGGGAGAAGGCUAUAAAGGAAGCGGAGGCCAAGGAAAGACUGCACAGAGAAGAGCAAUCCCGCCUGGAGAGCCAGCGCCAGCAGGCGGCCAUUGAGCAAGCUCAGAGGGAAUUGGCAGCCAGAGAAUUGGCUCUGAGGGAGCAAGCUGUCCGGGAGGAGGAGUCUAGACUGCAGGCCAUUCGGGAGCAGGCCAGUCGAGAACAAUUGGCCAGGGAACAGGCAGCCAGGGAGGAGGAGUUACGCAUCCAAUCGCUUAGGGAGAUUGCCCGCAGGGAAGAGGAAGUGCGCCUCCAAAAUAUCAGGGAUGAGGAAACCCGCAUUCGCCGCGAGGAGGAGGAGCGCAUUCGUAGAGAAAACGAGUCACGAUCGAAGCGCGAAGAGGAAGCCCGCAUCCAGCGUGAGGAGAUCACCAGACUCCAGACCCUACGCGAUCAGGUGGACCAGCAGCGAAUUGUAACCGAAAACAUCCGCAAGGACAUUCAGGUUAACUCCAUUUUCACGGAGCUGCGCUAUGCCUCUCCGCUUUUCACCCGUCCUCUGAAAGAUGCAGUUACCCGCGAGGGAGACCGAUUCGUCUUCGAAUGCGAGGUCACGGGAACUCCGGAACCCGCCGUGGAAUGGUUCAAGGAUGGCAUCAGUAUCCAAACUAAUUCCGAUUAUAAGACCACCUUCGAUAAGGGAAUCUGCAGAUUGGUAAUCGAGGAAACCUUUGCCGCAGACUCAGCUCGUUUCAGUUGCCGAGCCUCGAAUCUGGUGGGUACUUGCGAUACUAAUGCCACUUUAUCCGUCCGGGAAAAUGCAGCCGAAGUGCAGUUGGUUCCACCACGGAUCCUUCGGUUCUUGCAGAGUGGCAAGGCCACCGAGGGAAGCUCCUUUCAGUUUGCUUGCGUGGUGGCUGGAGUUCCCUUGCCCACUGUUCAGUGGUUCAAAAAUGACAAGUGCAUCGACGAUUCUCCGGAUUACGUGAUCAGCUACAACAAUGGUGAGGCCACUCUGAAGUUCGAGGAGGUCUUUUUGGAGGAUGAUGCGGUGUACACCUGCAGUGCCUCCAAUCCGGCAGGCAUUGAACAUUGCUCGGCUUCUCUGAUUGUGGAACCUCUGGAACCCACAGAGCUACCCAGUUUCAAGGUUCCCCUUUCAAAUGCCAUGGCGCGUGUGGGUCAGAAAAUCAAGCUGGAGGCCAUCGUGGGCGGAAUUCCCAGGCCAGAAGUCUACUGGCUGCACAAUGGCAAACCCUUCCAGCCGCGCGAUUCCAAGUACGAAUACGGCCGCGUAACGCUGAUAAUCCCGCAGGCUUAUCCCAACGACGCCGGAUCCUACGUCCUGAGCGCCAAGAACCUGGCUGGCGAAGCCUAUACCAGUUGCAACGUGAUAGUAAAGGGUCGACUGCCCAACGAGACCUCCGAUUCCGAGAUGGCCAGCGAUAUAGAACCGAUCAAACCCGCCGUGCACUUGCCCCUGAAGGAUGUCUCCAUAUUCGAGGGUAAGCCCGUGAGGCUGGACUGCGUGAUUGUGGGUCAACCCGAGCCCGAGGUCAUCUGGUACCACAAUGAGCGACCUGUUAAGGAGUCCGCCGACGUUCAGUUGCUUUUCCAAGGGGACAGAUGCUCCCUAAUCAUCCAAGAGGUGUACCAAGAGGAUGCAGGGCACUACAAGGUGGUGGCCAUUAAUUCGGCUGGAGAAGCUUCCAGUAGUUGUGAACUCAAGGUUACUCCUCUGAAUCAAGCGGAACCUGCCACUCGGGCGCAGGCGGAGAGGCAAUCCUUACCGAAAGACUCGCAGCCAAAGUUCGAGAGACUUCUAUCCGAUGUCUUGGCAGAUGAAGGCGAGCAAGUGGUCCUCGAGGUGCAGGCCAGUGGCGACCAACCCUUGACGGCCCAGUGGUUCCUGACCAACAAGGAGCUCCACCUGGAUCAUCGGAUUACCACACAAUCCGACUCCGAACUGGGAAUCUUUAAACUUAUCCUGAACAACGUGAGUGGCGAUGACAAGGGUGUGUAUACUGUAAAGGUGACCAAUCCUGCGGGAGAUGCCAAAUGCUUUUCGCAUCUCAUAGUGAAGUCCGUGAAUGCUCCCGAAAACCGUAGAAGUAGCCAAUCGUCGGUUGAAAUCAUAGACCGUCACCAGUGUCCCGAAUUCAAAGAACUGUUUAGUGACAAACAAGGUGAAAUCGAUGAGGUGAUCAAGUUCGAGUGCAUUGUCAAGGGCAAGCCCACACCAAAGGUCCACUGGUUUUUUAACGACCAACCCGUUCAUGGUCAUAAUUUCCUCGUGUCUACAAGUGGAGAACGUCAAGUGCUGACCAUUCAGAAGUUAACCCACGAUGCCGUGGGCAAGAUCAGUUGUGUGGCUGAGAAUGAGGCGGGCAAGGCCACCUGUGUGGCCUUUUUGAAUAUCCGAGGAAGUGGUUUGCCCGCCUCCAGUGAUGUUCAGACUGUGAGCCAGGAGCACAACACCGAAUCCUCGAGGGUCACGAUCAAAAAGCAGACCUUUACCACCACUUCCACCUCGCAGGUCAAUUCCUAUGAGGGAAAUGCUCCUCAAACCGAGGUUCAUCACUCCUCCGCUCACAUCGAUCAAUCCCUGAAGCAACUUGGACAACAGCGGCCGGAGAUUGUGGAGAGCCAUCACUACCAGGAGUUGCAUAAGAGCAAGGAGAUGAGCAGCCCCAGUGUGCAGCAAAAGUCCUUUAGCUUUAUCCAAUCCAGUGGAGCCAACGGACAAUCCGCAGUAGCAAUACCAGACUCGCCCACUCGCCUCAGAAGAGAAAUAGCUCCCAGAUUCACCACUCCCCUUAGUGGAAAAAUCGUGGAUCAGGGCGCCGAUGUCAGCAUGGAGGCCAUUUACGAUGGCUUUCCGUCGCCCGAGAUCAAGGUGGAAAAGAAUGGAGGGCAGCUGUUCGAGGAUGCCCACACUAGGAUCUCCAACAAGUGCAAUCGCGUGACCAUCGAACUCAAACAAGUGGGCGUGGCCGAUGCGGGACGAUACGCGGUGACAGCCUCCAAUACUGUGGGUCAAUCCACCAGCACAGCGGACUUGGUCGUUAAAAAGACCAUAUUCCCGCCUGUUUUUGGCCGACGUCUGCAGGCUCAAGUUAGCAAGAAGGGCGAGAAACUGACCAUGGAGGUGGAGGUCACCGGGUUGCCGGAACCGACGGUCACCUGGCUGAAGGACGAUAAGCCGCUAAAGGAUGCUGGAAUUUCCGAGCACCGCUUGCUCGCCCAGGGCAACUCCUACAGGCUGAUCAUCGAAAAGGCGCAAACGACGGACUCCGGAAAAUACAUGGUGCGUGCCACAAAUGCGGGAGGUGAGGCCAAGAGCAUUGCCGACUGUGCCAUCCUCGAGCCUUCGCCGGAACGCUUGCAGGAGGUGGUCAAGACGAUUGUCUAUGAGACGGGUCCUGUGGCUCCGGCCAGCGAAUUCAAAACUGAAGUGCCGAAUCAAAGUCAGAACAGCGAAAACCAACAGUCGUACCAGAGCAGUCAGACCGAAGUGACUAGUGCCAAUGAUCUCCACGGUCUGUCCGAGUCGAAAGUGAUCACUGAGCAUCGUUGCACUACCGAGGCAACCAUGCGUCUAGAGCACAAAUCGAACUACCUGGAUCUGCCCGAGUUGACCGCGCGACCCAAGACACCAACCACAAACGAUACUAUCACCAUCACCACAAACACUGCCACCGCCAGCAUGGAUCAGCCAGAUCUGACACAGCCCACCAUCACCACCACCACCACCAACAAAGCCCCACCGCCAGUACCACCCAAACCCUGUACGCCCGUGGUGGCCACCACCUAUGGCCAACAGCAGCAACCACCACAGACGCUGACCAGCACCAGAUACGAGCAGAGCGAGCACAAGUCAACCACAUCGUCCUCCUCGUUCGACUACUUCAAGAAGAUCGAUGAAGAGACCAUCAUCCAGCGGCCAAAUCCAUUAACAUUUAAGCCCCUGGAGACUGUGGUACGACAACCUCAGGCACAAUCUCUGGCGGAGGAGCUCAGGAGUCUCAACCUAAUACCCGGAGAUGCUCCAGAGUUCUGUUACUCACCGAAAACCGAAAGAAGCGAGCCCAAGAUACCCCUAAUUACUGAGAAAAUCAAGAUACUUUCCGAGGUCCAACCCAAGGAGCCACCACCACAGGGUGGUGUACCCGUCUUUCCACCUCCUCUGGGUCUCCAAACUGUGCAACACGAAAGCACAACCACUAAGGAGGUGAAGGUGGAGUAUGGACAACCAAUUGUGCGCCCUGCGGCGGUGUUAGCCACUCCUGCUCAGCAGAACCCACGCUCACCCUCUCCCAAACCCUCCGCCGAAGGAGUGGCCAUGUCGAGAUUAUGGACACCAACUGGGGUCACUGGUUACACCAGUGAUGUUGAGCAGAAAUCGGAGAAAACAGUAAUCUCCAAGCUGGCCACACCAACUCCAACCAAGGAGCUGAAUGCACCCUUCCUGGUAAAUCAGAUAGUAAAGAGCAUACCAACAACUUCUCCCGUAACGCACUUGGUGAAUGUGGUACUGGAACCAGGGACACCACCAGAGAUUUGCUUUGCGCCCAAGGUAGAAGAAACCCGUCGACGUUCCUUGGUUGAGACCAUGGAGCAGAAACUGGAACAAAAUUUGAUCCAGGGACCCAGCAAGGUCUUGCCGCACUCGGUGCCCACCCUGACACCAAACACCGCACCACCUGUUCAGUCGAAACCUUUGGGUAACACCACUUACAGACCACCGCCUCCAGUUCUACCCACCCGAUUGGGAAUCUACGAAAGCGACUAUGAGAGUGAUCGGUACAAGUAUAGUGGCAGUGAAUCGGAUGUGGAGCCCGGAGUUCGCAAGCAGCCACAACUGACCGCCAUGGAGACCUCCUUUAAGUCCAGUGGCUACACAGCGGAUACUGAGGAGCAUUCUAGCUACCGCAAGUCGGAGUCAAGUUUUUACGAAACCAAGUCAUCGUCCACUAUUGGAAGCGCACCACCGCAAACACAGUUCCCGAAGUUGCAGCCUGAGCCACCGGCACCGAUUUACUUCACGCCAAAGCCACAACCGCAGGUGCAACCACAGGCGCCACCAUCUCAAUCGAAUGUUCACAGUCAGGAGGCGAAGGACUACAAGUACACCUCCUCGAGUAUGACCAGUAACUACUCCCACAACAUGCAGAGCAGCAGCAGUUCCUCCCAUCACGAGACCAAGUUCUCCUCGACGUCAGCACCGCCACCAGUGGUUACCUAUCCUAGUCCUAUUCCUGCCCAGAGGAAAACCCCGGCGGCGGAGUUCAGUGACUACAGCAGUGAGAUUGAUGAACGCUUCCGUUCCGUGUCCCGCACCAAUGAAUCCGAUGCAGAGAUCAAGGGGUACCGAGUGGUCUUUCCACCCACGCCUACUCCUCGCACAAACAUAGCCACCAAUGGCCACAAAUCGCCAGUGGUGGUAAUUACCCCUUCGCCCAUGGAAUUCGAACCGACUCCUCAGGACUACGCUAGGCCCAAAUUUGAACCGAUUGGCAAGGAGAUACGCCAUGAAAUCAAGACGGAGACUAGCUCCAAACAAUCCAAGUUUAUGCAGAACCAACACCAGAGUCAGCCAGUCUUUAAGACAAAACCAGUGGCGGCCAAAUUUAUUGCGGCAACCCAACAACAACAGCAGAAGCAGCCACAGGCCACAGCCCGUCCGACCAUGUACUACAAUGCUGUUGCUGGAGCUCCGAUGCACGUGGCCAAGAUGGCCACCGAAACCAAGAACGUGAUGCAGAUGCACGAGUCCACUGAGAGUUCACAGCGGGUGGUGAAUAUGCAACAGACCAAGAGGGUAAUACACUUUGAUAGUGCGCAGGAGCAGAGGGAUCAGCAGAUCCUGGAACCCAUCCCCUACAGUCCCGCCACCAGUCGUACGCCCUCGAGGCAAUCCCAUCUGCCACCGCCAGCCACGCCCACUAAAUUUGUGCCCGGAGAAUUCCGGGAGAGUGAUUACGAGAGUGAGGUUGAUGGAGCACGCAUCCAACCACUGUGGUCUCCUUACGGCGAUGGUUUGACCAAAGGUUUCAGGCGGGUGGCGCCACCUCAAGGAGCUGGUCGAUCGUGCAGUCUGCCCCGGACCUAUGAAAGGGUCUUGUCUCCCAUGGAAUUCGAUCGAGGUCCUGAGAUGCCCAGCAAGAUCCACGUGGAUAUAAACACUCUGAGGAAAGAGCAACGCGGGGGCAGUACAGUGACAACACAAAAUCGUACGCAAUCCUUGAACAGGAACACCACCAUGAGGAAACAGCAGCAACAUCAGCAACAGCAACAGCAGCAGCAGUCCAUGGAUCAGAUCGACAGGGCCGGAACUCUGCCCCGUUAUGGUUAUGGUUCCCUCCAGCAGCAAGCAGAGAAUCAGGGUCGUCGCAUGGGCUCCACCUUCCUCCAGAAGUCCCAUCAGUUUGUCGACGAUGUUAGCAGGGAGAUCAGAAGCUCCGCUUCGAACGGCAUCCGUCCGGGUUUCAAAAGGGCUCCCAGCGAAGGCAGCAGCCAGCAACCUCAGGCCUUUCGGGAUGAAUCGCGCGUUUCUCAAUACGGAACCAAAUGCGUCGACCCCAAUACCGGUUUGAUAUACUUCAAGUAUGAUUUUGGCUAUGAAUUUGGCAUCCUUUUCCCUGGCGAGGGUCACAAGUUCGUCAGUAGCCAGUGGAACAGCAGUGGCAAUAGCAAUAGCAAUGUCAUGCCAAUCAAAAAUGGACGUCACUCCCCAUAUCCUUUGAAACUUCCCCCUGGAAAUGAGCUGGUGAUUCCCGUUCAGCACGAGAGAACCGCUCAAGGAUACAGUUCAGAUAACGAAGUGCAGCGAAGGAGCCAGACCAGGAAUUGGUCGUCUACCAGGCCAAUGGCACCACGAACAGUCAACAGCCACAAGCGCUAUAGCCUGCCCAGUGGCCACAGCCUUGACAUCCAUCUCGAUCGCCUCCAUGCCCAGGCACCUCGGCUGCCUCCGGAUCAGAUGAUCCGCACAGUGCCGGAGCUGCCCAAUACGGAACCCGUCAAUGCGCAUCUGAAUCGCGAUGAGCUGGCACAAAGGCAGCCAUUAUUCAUAACGCCGCUGAAAGACAUCGCGGUCGGAGUGGGAGGCACGGCGCGCUUCGAGUGCAUUGUACAGGCCCAUCCGCAGCCGCAGGUCAACUGGACGCACAACGGCGGUCUCCUGGAGUCGGGUAGCAGGCACUGCAUCGAGUACCGCAACGGCGUGUGCCGGCUAACUCUGCCGCAGGCCUAUCCGGAUGACAACGGCAGCUAUGCCUGCACCGCCAUAAAUCCUCUGGGAGCGGCCACCACAAGCGGAAAUUUGACCGUUUCGAGCACAAACCGCGGAUUUAGAUACUAAGCGUGUUUAAAUGCAACUAUUAUUAUUAUUUGCUUUAUGAUUUGUUCAAUGCCAAAGUUUCGCCUUAUUGUGUGUAUGUAUUCACUGUGCCCGUUUCACUUUUUCGUUUUGUGGGCUGAUGGACUUACAAAAUGUCGCCCAAAAAUACCCACUAUACAUGCAUACAACAAAGGAAUAUAGUAUUACUUGUGUUUUUGUCGAAAAUGAAAUAAACAAAUAUUUAAACGAAAAGCAA